AACAACAAAAAUGGCGGAAGACGACGAAAUAGACGUUCUUGGAGAUUUUUCAUUUAAUUCCUGUUUUGCGCAGAAUAACCAAGGAAUACCAUCUUGUUCCAAUCGUGAAGACACUGUUCACCCACAGUGGCUGCUUGAUUCGACAGCAAAUAACUGGGAAAGAGACUGCUUGCUAAGGAGGACUUCUGAAAGCUCAUCUAUUGACAAAGAAACCAAUGAGGUGAUAACUACAUGGAAUCAAUUUGAGCGAGAUCUACUUGUCAGAGAAAUGGCUAAGUAUGGCAGGAAUAUUCGUAAAAUAUCUGAAACAAUCAAAACUAAAACUGAAGCAGAGAUCCAUGCGUUGAUAGAAGCAGAGUAUGGAGUGAACUUAGAAACACCAGUUUUUGGUUUAGAUAAGAAUGAGGACGAUGAUGAAGUGCCUGCAGUUGUGCAAGAAGAAAUUGUCACUGAUGACAUUUCAAAUAUUUCCACUGUCACUAAGAGACCAUUUCGAAAGAAAACAUACAAUUCAAAAUCUAAAAGUAGCUUGUUAAAGUCUAAUGUAUAUGCUGUUAAUAAAAAUGAUCUUGUAGAUAUGAAGCCUUCUGAAAUAUUUUAUGAGGAAGACUUGAUAAUAGGGUCAACAGAAUCUAUAGGAUCAGAAAUGGAUUUGACUGAUAUUGUAUCAAAGAAUAUAAGUAAAUAUCAAAAGGUUAACUUUGGCAAAAAGAUUGGCAAUCAUAGAAGGAAAAUGUCACGAAAUUAUGAUAAAGGCAAGAUCAGAAACAGAAGUAAAGAUCUGUUGAAGUCACCUCUGAAUAGACAGAGAAAAGAUUCUAGUCUUUCCGAGGACAGCUUGAAGAGCCCUAAGAUGCAGAUACUGUUAGGGUCAGGGCAGGCCCUGCCUGUGUCAGAGGGUGAACAAGUGAUAAAGAUAGAGAAGAAGAAAGACUCUGAACCGGAAAGUGAUAUAGAUAUAGAUGUAGAUAGUGAUGUGGAGGACUAUAGUAGCAGUAGAUGUAAGGGGCAAAUGUCUAAGCCACAGAUUGAUGAAGCUCCAUUAGCUGUGCCUCUCAGGAAGUUCGAACCGAUGCCUAGAAGGAAGAAGAAAAUUAAUCUGGAUGGCGGCGGAGGUUUUACAAUAAUGCACACGGAAUCUGGUGAUCUGGUCGAGGUAGCGUCAGAACCUCGCAAGGAACGACAAACAAGAAAACAGCCCAUACAUCUGAUUGAGUGUCGAAUCUAUAAUGCUGAUAGACCUGCGCCGUUCUCUGUGUCCUUGCACGUGUCCGCGCUGAUCAGUAUGGACGUGCACGGGCACCUGUCGCGCGGGGAGGUGAUGGGCCUGGUGGGGGGAGUGCUCUCCCCCGCCUCCCCCUCCUCCCCCCACAUGUUACUCACCGUGGCCGCAUACCGUCCAGCCGCCGCCGCCGCCGGGUCAACGCACUGCGACAUGGACCCAGUGUCCCAGGCUCUGGCGGGGGCGUGGCUGCGGCGGCGCGGGCGCGCGGUGUGCGGCUGGCACCACUCGCACCCGACGUUCGCGUGCGCGCCCUCGCGCCGGGACCUGCACACGCAGCGCGCGCUGCAGCGGGCCCUCGCGCCCGGGCCCUGCCUGGCGCUGCUCACCUCGCAGCACUGGCCCGUGGGCCGCGCCGCCUCGCAGUACCGUUGUAUCAGAGUUGAAGACGAGGACUUGGAUGUAGAUACACCUGCUGGUUACCGAUUCAAUGUAAAAUUAGUUCCUGAUCUGACGCUAGAGAACUUGUCGGAGUUUUUGGCUGAACUAACGGAGAUGUUGGUGGAUCGACCGAACGACGAGCACAGCGUCGACAUGAAUACAGACAUCUGUCCGGAGGCGAAGAUGACUUACUUGGAAAAGUGCAUAUCGAGCGUAUCGCAUCACAUACGUUCCGCGGGUUACGGCGAUGACGAUCCACUCACACAGCGAUUGUUGCAAGGCAUCAGAGACGUGUUCAGAUAGCGAGCGGCGCCAACUGUCUAGGAGGAAAUCGUGAUAGUUCUCCGGUCAGAAUGUGCAAUCAAUGCCAUCUGGCGGGAGAUGCAAGAACUUUUGCCCGUAACAUAAGAAAAGAAGCAAGCGAUGCGAUAUUGAUGCGCUACAACGUUGGUUUGUUAGCGAAUCCUCGAUGAAAUAAGAUAAUGAACCAAUUUUUCACUUGUGUUGUAACAAAUAAAUUGCUGUUCUACAUACGCCUUGUAAUUGAAGAAAAUGUGUUCAGGGUGAUAACACGAUAGCAAAACGAAUCUAAAUUGAAGCUUAAUAUUUAAUAAAAAAUGUGAUUAUCUGUGUGUGAAAGUAUUUUUGUUCAGUAUUUAUCGUUUUGUUUUUAUUUUUACACUUUGUUAUAGUUUUGUUUGUGACUGAUAAGCAAUAAUUUAACAGUAACAUAACUUUACUAUUGUUUAUACAUAUAUAUCUAAGCAAUAUUAUUGGCAAUAAAUAUAUUCUUGAACAG